AAAAAGUCCCUCGCGGGCGCGCAGCUCUCGCAGCCCGCACAAAGGAGAAGCCUGGCGCUGCCUUGGGCCCUCCGCGCAGCCCCCGCCCCCGGCCCGCUCGCUCGCCUGCCUCGCAGUGUGGAGCCCAGCUGGGAGGGGGAGAGCGGAGGAGGCCGGUCCGCCCGCCCGCCUCGGUGCAAAUUCCUCCGCGCGUCGCGCCAUUGACUGGCCGGAGCAAACUUCUUUCAGGCUGGCAACUGAGGCGGGGGCGCUUCCCCAACGCCGUGUCCCCGCUCCGCCGCCCGCAUCGGGGCGGGAUGCCUCGGAGGUGACUCUUGCAGCCGGAGGCAGCAGCGGGCGGUCGCAAGGCGAGGAACGGGCGUCGGGUUGCGGCUGCUUCGUCAAACUUCGCCGGCUGGAGAGCGCGAGGGAAGACGCUUCUCUCCCCGCGAGCGCGGCUGGACCGGCGGCGGCGGCAUGGAGAAGUACGAGGAGGGCUUGGUGAAAGCCAGCAGGCUGAUGGCGGAGCUGGCGCUCCACGAAGAAGGGCUCGGCCGGCGGAGGCGAGAGCACCAGCAGCCGCCGCCGCCGUCGGAGCUGGACGGGCGGACCAAGAAGCAGCUGAACGGCGGCAGCAGUGGGUACACACUGGGCCCGCCGCCGCCGUACCCAUCGGGAGAGCCUUCCUCGUGCCUCCCGCUGCGCUCGCUGAACGGCGGCGGCUGCGAGGACGGGCUGUGUCCGCGCUCCGAAGUGGCGCUGCCUUGCUACAAGCGCUACUCGGCCGAGGGCUACCCGCGCGGUAAAGGCGGCGGCGCCAGCCCGCGAGCCUCGACAUGCUGCGGCCUGGAGGCGACUAGCCGGUACCCCUCGCCUGCAGGAGGAGGCCCCUUGGCCAGCCCUCGGGGCAGCUUGGUGACGACCCCCGGUGCCGUCGAGGCGGCGCUGAGUCCGCGCUCCAGCUACGCCAGCACGGCUAGCGACACCAGCAAACACUCCAGCCCGCGCGCCAGCCUCGCCAGUUCUUCCGACGGCGGCGGCGGCGGCAGCAGCAGCAAGCCGAGCAGCAACCGCACCAGUGGCAUCAGCAUGGGCUACGACCAGCGGCACAUCAGCCCCCGCUCCUCGUCGUCCGGUGCUGCAGAACUGGAGGCAGCGGCCGCGCGCCACGGGCCAGCGGCUGGAAUGGCGGCGGGCGGCGGCGGCGGCGCGGCUCUGGUCAGCCCCCGGUCCAGCAUCUCCAGCCACAGCUCGCGCAGCUCCCGAGGUUCGAUGGGCGCCUAUCCCGAGUUCCAGCUACCUUCGCCGCGGGCGUCGAUGCUGCCCGAGGAGAAUCUCCUGCUGCUGGCGGAGCAGGCAGCAGACGCCUACCCGAGGCUGCGCGCCCAGUCGCCCGACGCCGCUUCGCUGCCAUACGGCGCCGCGGCCAAAGGCGCUGUCUCCAAGUUCAGGAUCCCCUACCAGGUCACGCCGACCAGGGAGAGCGGGCCCAGCCAGGUGGAGAGGAGGCUGGAGGCGCUCACCCUGGAGCUGGAGAGAGAGCUGGAGCUCCACAGGAAGAAGGAAUACUUCGGUAUUUGUAUCAAGUGUGGACAGGGGGUAUAUGGGCCCAGCCAAGCUUGCCAAGCCAUGGGGAACCUUUACCACACCAACUGCUUUACAUGUUGCUCUUGUGGAAGAAGAUUACGAGGGAAAGCCUUCUACAAUGUCAAUGGAAAAGUCUACUGUGAAGAAGAUUUCCUAUAUUCAGGUUUUCAGCAAACCGCAGACAAGUGCUUCAUUUGUGGACACCUCAUAAUGGAAAUGAUUUUGCAGGCCCUUGGGAAGUCGUAUCAUCCGGGCUGUUUCCGCUGUGUGAUGUGCAAUGAAUGUCUGGAUGGAGUCCCUUUCACUGUAGAUGUGGAGAACAAUAUUUACUGUGUGAAAGACUAUCACACGGUUUUUGCACCAAAGUGUGCUUCCUGUAACCAGUCAAUUUUACCAGCACAGGGUUCCGAGGAGACCAUCCGAGUGGUGUCGAUGGACAGAGAUUACCAUGUGGAAUGUUACCAUUGCGAGGACUGUGGACUCCAGCUCAAUGACGAAGAAGGUCGACGUUGCUAUCCUUUAGAAGGGCACCUGCUUUGCCACACUUGUCAUAUUAGACGCCUCGGUAUGCAAGUGCCAUCACACCCUCCCUCUGGAUACCCAAUGCACAUUACAGAGCUCUGAGGCAUUUCCCUUCUCAUCAGAUCACAACCAGAGUGAGACCAUUUUGGUGGGAGAUCUCAACAGAUGACUUGUCAAGUUCUUUUUAAGAGACAAAGCAGCCAAGUUUAUUUAUUGCUUCCGAGACUGAAAAAGAGAGGAGUGCCUCUCAGAGUAUGCACCUACGUUCCAUUUGCCUAAAUAAUUCCUCCCAAGAUACUGUGUACUUGAAAAAUGAUGCAUCACCCGUAUUUAAUUGUAAAAGGACCGCCGUGUUGGUUUUUUCAAUGUGGUAUGCACAGAUUUGCCCAGUCGUAGUUUUGGUCCUUGCAAGAAUCUUUAACCACUCGCAGCAGUGCUGCAAGUGAAAGAAGAUAAAACACUACCUUUUUCUCUACACUAUCUUGGGUCUCAUUGCAUCCUGACCUGAGGCAUUUAAAAAAUAACCUCACAAUAUGAGGUGCUCAGUGGUUCUUGCAGAUUGAUUUUUAGUGGUGGUCAGAUUUUAAAGGUGACUCAAAAGAAGGAAGUUAUUCUAUGUGGAAAAACUUUCCCGUGCUUUAACUAUAUACUAUACUUCCAUACAGCACCAGCAGGAGAGAUGGGGAAGAAGCCCCUUGUGGAAGGGAGGAAUCAAGCACGCAGUAAGCGUUUUGUCAGAUUUUCAUAGAAGAUGAACAGCCAGGGGGCUUCUCAAGUCCUCAAAUUCUGGUAUAUUUUGGCACUUCUCAUAGUUUUUACACCCAUUUCUGCUAAUAACCUCAGCCCUCCUGACUAUGCAAAAGUCUGAUUGUUUUGAAAUUGUACAAUUAUAUGUUGUUGUUGUCUUUGUGGUGUUUCAAAGGGCAGUCGAUUUGUGGUAUGGUGUGGUUUCAGAUGCAGGUUGAAGACCUGCUUUUUCCAGAGGUCCUGUUGAAUUGUUCCCUCCAUACUGAAUUUUUGUACCUAAUCUUUGAUAAGUCCAACUUUGGAGAUCAGAUUAUUAAUGAUCAAAUCCCCAGCAUUUUCACACUAAUUUCAUAAAAUUAGUUCAUGACAUUCCACACUAAUUUCGUUAGAAAACGAGUGACCCUUUGACAAGCACAGAGCAGUUUUCCAAUAGGCCCUGGACAGGUAUCCUAUUCCCCACCCCCCAAAAAAACUUUUUUUUUCAGACUCAAGUGAAUAUGGGGUCACACCACAUUUAGACAUCAUGAAAUCACCCCAAAGUAGCUAAUUCGAACAGUUCAGUAACAGUAGCAGAUGGCCCUGGGAAACGUGGCAGAAGAUGGGAGGCACUAAUUGCUUUGUCAUCCUGGCAUUCUAAUUGUUUGUUGGUUGUGAAUGUCUUUGCCCGUAGCCUCUCCAGAGAAUUUUGUGAUGUGUGGACUUCCUUGGAAACCAAGUAGAAAUAAAAAUAUUUUAUAACAAAUAAUAUAACACACUGUGUUCACAUUGCUGAACAUUGGCCAUACUGGCUGGGGCUGAUGGGAAGUUGUCUCUCAACACAGUUGGACUACAACAUUGGUUACCCCUGCUGUACACUCAACGUUGUGCAUACGUUGAUCUUGUGAUUCUCUGGAUUGGGGCCAAUCCAUCCUAAAAAUGACAUUCUUCAUUCAUUUUAUAUUUAACAGUCUUCCCUGUUUCCUCCCUACGAUGAAAUCAUCCUUGCUGGCUGGGAUUGAUAGGAUUGGAGUCCAGAACAUCUGAAAGGCACCAAGUUGGGGAAGUCUGCAUUAUCCAGCAUCUUUUGAGUAUUUUAAUGACAAACCUGUCAAAAUUGCCUUGAUUUUCAGUCAAUAGCACAAAAUCUAAAAUAUGUACAUACCCUAUUGUUUUUUUUAAAGGCAUUCUUUAGAUCAGAGUAUUUAAUUUCACUUGUUAAGAAAUGUUUGGGUCUUCUACACCAUUCCAUAUAGUUGUAUAGAUACUGAACAUUUUAGUUCUAGCAAGACCAAGUUUGUCCUGUCCAGAAUGCAGCCAUUGUGCUUCCACUGUUUUUCCAUAAAAAAGCAGAAUUUUAUCACAGCUCGGUGGGCUCUGUCUUGCCAACUUUUAUUUUGAAAAAUGGAAGUUGUUAAGAAGAAAGCAAUCAGAAAGCUUCAAUUCUGCAAUUAAACAUUUUAUCUCUUGUCCUUGGCAAGUAUGGAAACAAACUCCUUCAAGUUAAGGGAGGGGCUGUAGUUCAGGAUGCAGAAGGUCCCUGAAGGCAUCUCCAGUUAAAAGAGACAGGUAGCAGGUGAUGGAAGAGACCCACCUCUGCCUGUGUUCCUGGAGAGAGCUCCUGCCAGUCCACCAGUCCAAAGAGACCAAUAGUUCGACAUACCUUCAGGGAUGGAACAUUUCUAUCAUUUGUGCCAUAAUAUAUUAUUGAAGAUUUUUCCUGUACUUUCUCCUUUCAGUUUCAUUAGUAUUUGCAUUCAUGAAAAAGCAAGAAUUCACCUUCUACAUUUCUCCUUUGUGGAGAAUAUUUGGAAGAUUCACAAUGUCUCUUAAACGUAAAAGAAUCCAAAGGAAAGACCAAAGUAAUUUUGAAUUUGAAUUAAAAGAGAAUUAUGUCAAAAUAAGAGGGUGCACAUUUUGAAAUUCAGAAUUUCGGUGUCCAAGAAGUAAUGGAGGAGUGCUUAAUUUAAAUUAAACCAAAGUUUAAAGAAGACAAAUAAAAGCUACUUUCUUAUGCCCCAGUAAAAGUUUAUGAUUCAUCAUGCAACUAAUGCCAUAACUAGAGCAUAUAAUUUGACUUAAAUUAAGUUUUUUUUCUUGAGAAAUACUUUCAUUUUCUUUAAAAGAAUAUAGUUUUUUUCCAAGAACUUGGACCAAUAUUGAUGUUAAUUUUGUAGGAAAUAUAUUAAAUGCCCAAUUUGUAUAUCAUGUCUAGUUUACAUGCUGCAAAUAUGUUAGUUUAACCAUGUUUGUAUAUAUGCUUCUAAAACCUCUGGCCUUUUAGUACAUAGAUUGAUUUGUCAAGUUUUU